AUGCUGGAAUGCAGACUUGUGGUCGCUAUCCUGGAUCAGCCGGCCACGAAACAACAGAUGCGGAAACAUUCGUAGAAUGGGGUGUUGACUAUUUAAAGUAUGAUAAUUGUAACAAUGACGGAAGUCCUGAACAAGAACCAACUAAAAACAAUAAAACUCAAAUUUUCUAUAGUAUCUGUGAAUGGGGGAGAAGUAAGCCUUGGUUGUGGGGACCUGGUGUCGGUAAUAGUUGGAGAACUACUGACGAUAUUAAAGCGCCUAGGAGAUCACCAUCCUGGCAACGAAUCUUAUCGAUAAUAGAUACGCAAGCAAACAUUACUCAAUAUGGAGGACCAGGAGGUUGGAAUGAUCCUGAUAUGCUUGUAGUGGGCUUUGAUACGAUAACUUUCGAUGAACAAGUAACCCAUUAUGCACUUUGGGCUGCUAUGAAGGCUCCUUUAAUACUCGGAUAUCCUCUUGGAAAGUCUGUAUGUCUAGUUUACAACGGAACUAAUAACGAGAGUUCUUUUAAUAUUUGGACCGGUUCACUUAGUGAUGGAUAUGUUGCAAGUAAUAUUAUGAUUCGGGAUCUUGUGAAACAAACGAAUAUUAGAAAUUGUACUACUGAUAGUUAUACUGCUGAAAAUAUUCCAAGUCAUGGUAUAGCAUUUUUAAAACUUAUCGGUGGAAAUGUUGUUAAUGACACUUCUCCAUGCCUUUAUGAUCAAUAA